AUUACAUAAACUCGCAGUGUAGUCAGUCAGUCGAGUGCGUCGAGUGAUAUGGCCGUGUUUCUGAUCAACAUCUGCAAAUUUAAUGGCUGUUUUAAAACAUUUCCAAGUCUAAGCGACUUAAUAUCACACAUUGAGGACACACAUAUAGACUAUGAUCCUAAGGUGGUCGAGCAAAAGGAGCUGGCACAGCCCGCAUCGCUGCCGUUGAGCUACGUGCUGCGCUUCAUCUCCGAUGAUGCGCGCAAGGAGGCUUCCACAUUCUUGUCCAACACCACCAACAAUAGCAGCGCUAGCAACAACAACAACAGCACCAAUGCUACCAACACUGGCAGCGGCGGCAACACCGGCAAUGCAGAGCUCAAACGCAAACUGGCCAUUAAGCAUCAUAGCUAUAGCAUGUCAUCGUCCAAUCGCAGCAAUACGCCCACUGGCAGUGAAAUGGACGAGGAUGAAAUGGUCGUUACGGAAUCAGAGGAUAGCAAUGACUCUUGGACCACCGAGGAGUUUAGCUCGGAGUUCAUAAUGCGUUAUGGCAGCAGGCAUUCCGGUGGCGGCAGUAAUGGCACGCCAGGCAAUGAGAAACCGUUUGCGUGUCCCGUGCCCGGUUGUAAGAAGCGCUACAAGAACGUGAAUGGCAUCAAAUACCAUUCGAAAAACGGACACAAAAAGGAUGGCAGAGUGCGCAAGGGCUACAAGUGCCACUGUGGCAAGAGCUAUAAAACGGCGCAGGGCCUGAAAAACCAUGCGCUGCUCACACACAACACACAGCCGGAGAGCGUGCUCACCACCCAGCAGCUUGCCAAUUUGACUGCAGCAUCGGCGGCCGCUGACACAGAGCCAGUGACCCGCUGCAAGCCUGCGGUCAAUAAUGGUCUGGUCGGAGGCAACAGCGUGCUGACAAGCAAUGGCAAUGGCAACGGUUUGAUCCAGCGCAGCAAUUCACCUUCGCAGUCACUCGGUUCGCUGAGUCCGUCGAGUAGCAACAUGUCGAGCAGCACCAGCACUAGUGGCCUUGGUGCUGGCAGCUUGGGUAGCAAUAGCUUGUCCAGCACAGCUGCCACUGCCAGCAACAUGUUGCAACAGCUCAGCAAUGGCAACAUUGUCACUGUGACGAAUGUACCACAGCAGCAGCAGCCGCAGCAAGCGCUGCCUCAACAGCAGCAACUACAGCAGCAGCAGCAGCAAAUGAACAUCGGCACACAGUCGCAAAACGCAAACGCGCCGACCGCAGCGACAGCAACAACAAACACAACAGAAACCUCUUACUCCUGCUCACACAUCAUCAACAGCAGCAAUAGCAACAACAGCAGCGACAGCAGCAGCAAACAAACUGCAACUGCAGCAGCAGCGACCGCGGUGACUGCUGCCAAAUACUCCAGGCCCACUGCAACAGCGGCGACUGCAACUGCCAUGAAAUCGUCAGCGACUGCAACAGCGACGACGCCCAUGCAAAUCUCGCCAACUUUUAUUGAGCACAAAUAUUCCGCCCUGGCCAUCAAAGAGAAAUUCUUUUCGAAUUUACGCGCUACCCGCAACGCAUCAGCAUCGUCCAAUAAUGGCGACAAUCUGGCUGCGGCAUCCGGCGGCGUUGUUGCUGAUGCAACGCACACUGGCAGCGGCGGAGGCGGAGGCGGUGGCAGCGGCACCAACGCGGGCAGCAACAUGUUGCGCGCUGUUGCUGUGGGCCAAAUGUGCGCGCUGCAGAACGAGCACAUACAUCAAAAUCUUUUCAAGAAAACGAUCAAUUGACAGAGAUUAGAUCGUCGGACGCUCAGUGCCGCAUAGAGAGUUGGCUGUGAUGAGAAGUAUGUUCAUGUAUGUAUGGAGAGCACUUAAGAAAUGCGGAGCAAGAGGAUUUGUCAAUAUGGCAGAUGAGAGGAAUAGACAGAAAAAGAAGACAAGGGCGCAAGAUUGUUGCAGUUUCAUAUUUUAUAGAAAACAAACAAGCAAACAAAACACACAAAACAAAAAAAAAAAGAAACAAAAAAACAGAAGAAUAACACACACACAUAAAAAAGAAAAAAACAAUAUAACAAUAAUUACAGUAUGUAUACAUGAAUGUAAAAUUCACAUUUCAAUAACUAUCCAAAAAGCAUAUCCCUCAAAAUUAAACAGAAACAGAAAUCAAUUAACAUAAAUUAUAUGAUUGGCAUUAUGCACAACUCCCUACAUGAAAAUCCUGCUUAUCUGAAUUAGAAAAAUAUUCGAAAACAAAAGAAAAGAAAAUACACUAUCAUGAAAAUCAUAAAAAAAAUAUAACCGUAAAAUUUAGUAAAUAAAUUUUUGAAGGUGUUUCUUCAACUAGUCAUUAUCGUAGUUAAAUUAAAUUUUUUGAUUUAUCACACACACAAAAUUUGCUACCAGCUACUUUGGACAUGUUUCCAUGCAGCUGGUAUAACUUUAUUAGAAAUUCAUCAAUCGGCAAAAAAAAAAAACAAAAAAAUACAUAAACAAUCAUAAAACGAACCAUGUUCUUCACACUAGCAAAAUUUUUCGGUAGACACGAAAUCUCUUACUAAGAGAUUUGUGUCGAAAGUAAUUGAUAUGGUAUGCAAGAAAAAAUUAUAAAAUCGAAUAUGCAAGCAAAUGUAUUAGCUAGCUACAAAUGAAAAAAAAAAAUAUAAUGAUUUAAAACGAAGGAAUAAAAAAAUAAUAUAGAGGUCUUAAUGCUUCGCCGUUUCCGUUUCCGUUUAGAACCCACAAUAACUCUGUAGUAGUUAUAGUAUUAUAUGAUAUAAUAUAUAUAGAUAUGUGUACAUUUAAUUUAUAAUUGCAAAUUAUUAGAUAAUAUGUUCUAUUUAUGCGUGCGUGUCAAUGUCUGUGUGUGUGUGUGUUCGAUUAUGAAAUUAAAGUAAUAUCUAAUUCAAAUUUUGAUCGUCCUUAAUUGUAAUAUAUAUACAUACAUAUAUACAUUUAACAAUUAAAUAAGUGUAUGUUCGAUUUCUAUGAAGUGAGUCAUAUUCAAAGUAUUUUAUGCAUGCAUACAAAAUUAAUAUUAACUAUUAGAGAGAAGAUUAAACAAAUGGAAAAGAAAGAAAACUAUUAAAUAUGGAAGCGUUAUAUCGACCUUCCCACCCCCAAACAAUAAAUCUUAAAAUAUGCAAUUGGGUUCCUUAUGUACGAAUAACGCAUAAAAUUGAAAUAAUUUGAAACGAAACGAAAACAGAACAAACUAAUUGAAAUUUUUAAUAUACAUACAUACUACAUACCUACUACAUAUACAAAACGUAAACAUAAAUAUAUACAUACAAACAUACAUACAUAAUGAUUAAUUAGUUUACCUAACUAAAGCCGCCAACCGCCAAACAAAUUUUGAAGCGCAUUUGCAGACGCCCAGCGUCUAAAAUUAGACUACAAUAAUAAAUAUUACAUUAAUGUGCGCCCCUAAACUUAUAACAAUUAUCUCUAAGAACACACGCUUAUGCGGCUUAAAACCAGCCGCCAUAGAUUAGCUAUCAACUUUUAUAUCAACAAGAGAGAAAUGAAAGAAAGUAUCUUCGGCGCGCCGAGGCUUUUGGACCCUUGCAGAUCCCCCCAUUUAGGAAUAUCCAUAACUAUCAAUAGUUAAAGAAGAGGCCUAAUGGGGCCAAUUGAAUCACAUCUGUCCAUUGUCUUUCGAUCUGCCAGGGUAAAAGUGAAGUAAUAAAGAUAGUCCAUACUUUUGCGCUACAAAAUUGAAAUGGGCAAAAUACAACUUUGGAAAAACAACUCAAAACCCUCUAAUGAAAACAAUAAAUUGAAUAUACCUAUUUCUAUAUUUAAAUGUAUUUCAUCUUAUAUAAGACUGCUGUUAUGUUCGUAAAUAUAUUUAAUAUAUAUUAUUAUUAACGAAAAAAAAAAACAUACAAAUUAUAAACAAACAAAAAAAAAUAUGAAAAUAACAAAAAGAAAAUCAACACACAAAAAAAAAAUGAAAAGAUUUAAGCUACAUGAAUAAAUAAUGUAUUCAUAGUCUACCUACAUGCAUACGAUUAAUUAUGUACUAUACUAUAUACAUAACUACAAAUAUUAUGUACUGUAAUUUACUAAAAUUCAUAACUAUGUAUAUGUAGAGAAUAAUUGAUGCAUACGUGUAUGUAACCAUCAACAAAAUCAAC